AUGGCUACCGAGACCAUCUCUGCCGCGCAGCCAGUAGAACACGCAAUAAAAGCCAAAUUGACAGCACUGCUUAUGCCAUCUGAGUUGACUAUCACGAACGACUCAUGGCAACACCGGCACCAUGCGCCAAUGCGUGCGCAAGGAGGUGGAAGUGGGGAGACGCACUUCACCGUAAAGGUCAUAUCGGAGGCUUUUCAUGGCAAGAGUUCUAUGCAACGCCAUCGUAUGAUCUACGCCGCCCUCUCUGAUGAAUUUCAAAAUGGACUCCAUGCUCUGUCCUUGCACACCAAGACACCACAGGAAAGUCAGAAAGCGUCAGACGCUCAAUCAUCAUAG